AGAGCUGGUGUCACCCAUCCUGACCACGCAGCCGGGGCGGCGCAGAGGUGCUUUCUCCACUGAAGGGAAAGGCCUGGCUCCUUCCUGAAGCUGCCGCUGCCCUGGGUGAGGGAAAGCAGCAUGGAAGCAGGGGUGUUUUACCCUCUGUCGGACUCCCCCUCUGUGAAGAUGUCUCAGUCAUCUCCAGCUGAUGAAGGCGCGACGUUUGAGCACCUCUGGAGCACGCUGGAGCCAGACAGCACCUACUUUGACCUCCCUCCAUCCAACCACACCGGCAGCAAUGAGGUCUCCAACCGCACAGAGGUCACGAUGGACAUCUUCCAGAUGAGAAGCAUGAACGACUCGGUCAUGUCCCAGUUCAAUUUGCUGAACAACAGCAUGGAUCAGAGCAUCGGCAGCAGAGCAGCCUCCACCAGCCCCUACAGCUCCGAGCACACCUCCAAUGUCCCAACGCAUUCACCCUACUCGCAGCCCAGCUCUACCUUCGACACCAUGUCCCCAGCUCCCGUCAUCCCCUCCAACACCGACUACCCUGGUCCCCACCACUUUGAGGUGACCUUCCAGCAGUCCAGCACCGCCAAGUCAGCCACCUGGACAUAUUCGCCACUGCUGAAGAAACUCUACUGUCAGAUUGCAAAAACAUGUCCCAUCCAGAUCAAGGUGUCCACCCCGCCGCCGCCGGGCACCAUCAUCCGGGCCAUGCCCGUCUACAAGAAGGCAGAGCACGUCACCGAGGUGGUGAAACGCUGCCCCAACCACGAGCUUGGCCGCGACUUCAACGACGGCCAGUCGGCGCCAGCCAGCCACCUCAUCCGGGUGGAAGGCAACAACCUCUCCCAGUACAUGGAUGACCCCGUGACGGGAAGGCAGAGCGUGAUGGUGCCCUACGAGCCCCCGCAGGUGGGGACCGAGUUCACCACCAUCCUGUACAACUUCAUGUGCAACAGCAGCUGCGUGGGAGGAAUGAACAGGAGGCCCAUCCUCAUCAUCAUCACGCUGGAGACGAGAGAUGGCCAAGUCUUAGGAAGGAGAUCAUUUGAGGGACGGAUCUGUGCCUGUCCUGGCAGAGACCGGAAAGCUGAUGAAGACCAUUACCGAGAGCAACAAGCCCUGAACGAGAGCGCAGCUAAAAACGGCAACGCCAACAAACGCACAUUCAAGCAGAGCCCGCAGGGGAUCCCAGCGCUCGGGGCUGGCAUUAAGAAGCGGCGGCACGGGGAGGAGGAGAUGUAUUACGUGCCUGUGCGAGGCCGGGAGAACUUUGAGAUCCUGAUGAAGAUAAAGGAGAGCCUGGAGCUGGUGGAGCUGGUCCCGCAGCAGCUGGUGGAGUCCUACCGGCAGCAGCAGCAGCAGCUCCUGCAGAGGCAGAGUCAGUUGCAGACGCCUUCCUCCUACGGCCCCGUCCUUUCACCCAUGAACAAGGUUCACGGUGGUGGAAUCAACAAGCUGCCCUCGGUCAACCAGCUGGUCGGGCAGCCAGCGCAGCACAGCUCCGGCUCCACGCCCAGCCUGGGGCCCAUGGGACCCGGAAUGCUCAACAGUCACCCCAUGCAACCCAACGGAGAAAUGAACGGGGGCCACUCAUCCCAGUCCAUGGUCUCCGGAUCUCACUGCACGCCCCCUCCGCCCUACAACCCCGAUCCCAGCCUCGUCAGUUUUUUGACAGGAUUGGGGUGUCCAAACUGCAUCGACUAUUUCACCUCACAAGGGUUACAGAACAUUUACCACCUGCAGAACCUAUCCAUAGAGGAUCUCGGAGCCUUGAAGAUCCCAGAGCAGUACAGGAUGAUCAUCUGGAGGGGUCUGCAGGAGCUCAAGCAGAGCCACGACUACGGAGCCCAGCAGCUCAUCCGCUCCAGCAGCAACGCCUCCACCAUCUCCAUCGGCAGCUCGGGCGAGCUGCAGCGGCAGCGCGUGAUGGAGGCCGUGCACUUUCGCGUGCGCCACACCAUCACCAUCCCCAACCGCGGUGGGGCCGACGAGUGGGCAGACUUUGGGUUUGACCUCCCGGACUGCAAAUCGCGCAAACAAUCCAUAAAGGAAGAAUUCACGGAGGGAGAGAUCAACUGAGGUUCUCCAGGAGGCUGCGGCGAGAGACCCUGGGGGGAACAAAACCCCCAUGAAACAUAUUUUCAGCCUUGGGCGUCUGGAGCAGUGUAACUGUGUUGUGCGGAGGGGAACUGCACGCCGGGAGUGAGAAUACGGCCCCAAGCCAGGCGAGAGGUGGAAACGCGGUGGCCAAGGAGGGCGUCUGGAGGAGGUCACCGAAGGGAGCGCGGGUUCUCGUCCUGCCCGCGGCAGGGGAGGCACCAGCGGCUGCUUUACGCUGGUUUGUGUUUCACUGGAGGAUCUCCGCCUCCCACAGGUGCAGCAUACAGACAGAUUUUUCUCUCCGAGACCUUCGUUUCUGCUUCCCUACCCUCGUCCUGCCUUCUCCGUGCUGUCCGUGACCGACAGGUCUCAGUCCCCAUCCCCCUGUGCUGUACAGACGCAGUGACUGAUACAAAGCCCCGCGCUCCGCUUUCCCGACAGACUGCCAACGACGUACCCGUUCCCUUCAGCUCUGUUUGUCCGUUCGCGCUGUGUUCAUGUACUUAACUAUUUGUGUAUAUAAACCGAAGCGGAUGUACAUACAGUAUAGUCAUUGUGCUGUAAGGAGAAAAGAAGAUUUAUUUUCAUGUAAGCUAUAAAAAUUGAUACUUGCUCCCGAGACACCACCGUGUCGACUAAAUUAAUUUCAUGUUCUAGCAUGUAAACACGCAGCAAAUCCUGCCUCCAGCCUUAUCUAUUCAAAAUUCCUUUUUUUCCUGUUCCUCUGAACAUCUUUCACACAAUUGCAGAGGAGAGGGCAGGCCGGCGAAUCCUCCCGGGAAGGCAGAGCUCUGGAUAAUCCAUCCGGCUCUGUUGGGGAUGUUUGCAGAGGGGUGAGACCCAGCAAGCUGGAACGCAAGAGGUGUAAAUUUGAUCCUGCUUUGGAGCAAGGAGAUGGACUCAGUGACCAUGUGAUGUCUUUCCAGUUUCGUUUUCUGUUUCUGAUCCUUUUUUUCAGGUGUAGUUUGUCUGUUGAUCCCAUGACACAUCUCUGAAAGGAACGUUCCCGGGAGGCUGCGCUGUACGGAGGGAGGGCGGGUGGGCAGGGACCUGCUUCAUCUUCCCUUCAACCUUGGGGUGCUCAAGGUUUCUGACAGCUGGAGGGGAUCCAUGCGGAAAUGAUGCUGCCUGGCACCUUUCCACUCCUCCCCACGUUGCCUCUGUGAUGGGAGACCUCCUGAAAGCAAACCUACAACGAUUCCCCAUCUCCCUCAGGCUGGAGAAGACCCUUCACAAGAUGAAAGAAGAGCUCGAGUCCCACCUAUGACGUUCAGGUUCGCCUUCUCCUCGCAGGCCAGUGUCCGCCCCCGCUCGAAGGGGAGAUCACAGGGAAAAGGAGAACUCUGCAUGUGCUGUAACAUCCCGAGUCCUCCUUUCACUGCCUUCAUCUCAGCGUGUGCAGCAGCUCCGAGCCUUCGGCACACAGGGGUGGCCGCAGCGAUGGGCUCAGCUCCACUCAUGCCAUCCUCCGGGCCAUUACACCCCUCGACAGAGGAACCCGAUUCCUCUGGCGCUGCUGAAAUCUGUUCCCAGAUAACGUCUCAUUAAAGCACUUUAAUGCUUUAAAGGUUUUGAAAUCAUCAUUCAUGUUUUCCACGUUAACUAAGGCUUCUGGCAGUAUUACCUGAUGCGCUCCAACCAUGGUAGGAAUGGUAUUUUUUGUAAUGUUAUCUUUGGAAAAUGUGGUAUUUUUAUAGCUGUGGUUUCUCUUUUUUUUUUUUUUUUCGGUUUUGUAACACAAUAAAAGCAAAUGCGGGAAUUACAGCACCUGCCAACUCAAGUCUUGCUUAUAUUGUACGGAAAGCGUCUUCCUAGACCUGUGUAAGCUUUUAAAUGUAAAGUUUCGUGGGGUCUGAAGCUGCUUUGCUUCGUCAAGCGACCCCGAAGCUGCAAAGACAGUGGUUCCACACAGGGGCAGCUGCCGCAGUGCGAGGCCCUUUGCUCCU